AUGCGUAGUAAGAGGAACCUCGAGACAAAGAAGCACUGGUCGUGGGCUGAUAACACUCAUCCUGAUGACAUUAACUCUACUCAUGUAAAUAAAGCGUUUUUGCUGUUACUCGCCAGAUGUAAACCUUUAUCUAACCAUCGCCAUUAUAACAAUCCAUUCUGCCUAUCUGGACUAGGUGAACAACGUUGGCUUCAAAACAAAGUCAUCCCAAUUGAAGUCCCAGAGCUAGAGCGUCGACAAACAAAUACUUUCUGUGGUUUGAAAAACUUAGGUGCAACAUGUUAUAUUAAUAGUCUCCUCCAGUUAUGGUUUCAUAAUUUAAAUAUUAGAAAUGCAAUUUUAAGUUGGAAUCCUGAGGAGGAUGAAAUUGAGAAGAAUAAUCAUACUCUAUGUACUGAAAAUAUAUAUGAGCCAGUGACUGCUGUGGGUCAACUACAAUUAGUAUUUGCGUUAAUGCAAUUUGGAAAAGAACAAACUGUAAAUCCAGAAGGGUUUAUUAAGUCUUUAAAAAUCGAUACAAGUAUUGAACAGGACGCUGAAGAAUUUUCCAAUUUGUUACUAACAACACUGGAAAGCAAAUUUGAAAAACAAACAAAUGUAUUCGUCAAAAAUAUGGUGAAAAAUAAUUUUUUAGGUGAAUAUCAGAGUGUAAUUACAUGCUUGACAUGUAAAUUAAAAUCAUCCAGGUGUUCAACAUUUAGAGAUCUCAGUUUAAACAUUGAGGGUCGACAAACUUUAAAUGACAGUUUGGAAGAUUACUUAAAAGAAGAAGUUCUCGACGGGGAUGACCAAUAUUAUUGUAGCCGUUGUGAAGGAAAACAAAAUGCUGUGAGGCAAAUGUGUUUGACUGCAUUACCUUCAGUGUUAAAUUUUCAACUAAUGCGUUUUGUCUACGAUAGACAAUCAAUGCAGAAGAAAAAACUAAACACGUUUGUAAAAUUCCCACAAACAUUAGACAUGGGGCAAUAUUUAAAUUUACCCGAUAAACCCAAUAUGUCUUCAGAAGAAAAUUAUAACUACAAUUUAUACGCAGUGCUCAUACAUAAAGGUCCUAGUGCAAAUUGUGGUCACUAUGUUGCCCAGAUCAAGGAUAACACAACAAAACAAUGGUACCAGUUUAAUGAUGGUAAAGUAGACAAGCUCAUUCUUAAAGGUAUAAAUUUAUGUACCGAUGAUUCUAAAAAAUUUAAAUCGAUGAAAACCAACAAAAAUUGCGUUGAUGAGUUUCAAUCAAAUGAUGCAUAUAUGCUGGUGUAUAUGAAAGGUACAAAGGCUGAAGAACUGAAUACCGAAUCAACCACCUGUGAGUUGUCACCUAGAUUGUCUCAAUUGGUAAAUUUUCAUAACAACAAUUUUGAAAAUAAAAUAUUAGAGAGUAAACAAGGUAAAGUAUUUGUGGAACAAAUGUUGGAUUUAAUCAAUGAAAUGAAACAUAGUCAAGUAAAAGAAAACGAAGGAGAUAUUAUCUCGUUACAGUGGUUAAAAUAUUGGUUGAAAUUGAAUCCUAAUGAGAAUGUCGAGAAAAUAAACAACGAUCCAAUUUUAUGUAAACAUAACUUACUGGAUCCAGAUAAAGUAUUUGAAGCCAAAUACAUUGGAUCAGACUUUGCAGAUAAACUGUAUCGUAUGUAUGAAGGGGGUCCAAGAUUGAAGUUAAUGUCAUCAUUAUGUCAAGUGUGCGUUAGGAACAAAUGCGCUUUAAUGUAUUCAAGAACUUUAGCUGCUAAACAUAAUGAAUCUAUCAAAUCAGUCUUAAAAAAUUGGUCUCCAACUAAUAAUUCAGACAGCGAAAAUAAAGAAACAUGUUACUGGGUAGGCAACAAAACAAUGAAAUUCUGGCAAAGAAAUUAUUUUGAGUCAUUUCAAACAUUUCUCAAAAAAAAAGACGUACUUCCUAAUACAACAUUUCCAAUCAGCCAUGAAACGUUGUCCGCAGUAUGUGAACCAUCUACCAUAUGGGAAGAAAUUAAUGUCAACGGAGAAACAAACAAAGAAAAUGUCAAUAUGGUCAAAGACACAGAAAAUAUGAUUAAACCUGUUAAUGAUUGUUGUAGAGAGGAGUGGGAUAACAUUUUUUUUCAAAAUACAUGCCUCGAGGAAAUAUAUCAGAACGAUGGUUACAAUUUUUUGCAAAUCGCAAAUAAUACUGAGCAGGUUCCGUGGGUAUUUAAUGGUGACAUUAUAUGCAUUCAUGGGAAUAUGACUAUUGAGAAAAAUGCAAAGACAUUAGUGCCGGAAAAAGUAAAAAAUAUGUUUCAAACUUAUUUUCCAAAAGCAUCAUUGUUUGUUAAAGGGACCAUACAGUGCCACAUGUGUAGGUGUGUGCAUAUUCGGGUUAUGAUAUGCAGGCUUACGCGUAUAAAUCUGGCCAAGGUAGAGGGUUUUUUUUUAAAUGAUUUUCUGAGGAAUGAAAACAGAUGUGUUUUUCCAAUACGUUCCCCAUACGCAUGUAUUUCUAUGAAAUUUUUAGAAGCUUUCCGAAAGUUUGUCGGAUUUCCAUUAAAAGAACCAAUCCCCAGGUUGAUCAAGAAUAAAAUACUGCUUUGCAAUGACCACAAUAAAUUGCUUUAUCAUCCAAUGUCGAGUUUGAAUCCAACACAUCAUGACUAUAAUAAAAUGGUGCUUGUAACAAUGGAAGAAUGGGAAAGGCUUUUACUGUGCUAUGAUGCCGAUUUUGAAAUAUUUGUGUUCUUUGAUGAUCAAUGCUUGUUUAAAUCAUCAUACCCAGAAUUAUGUGGAACUUGUUGUGAGAAGAAACUGCAUGAGGAUAAAAUGAAUCAUUUGAAAUACAAUGAUGCACAAAUAUUCAUCCAAGUGAUCAAUAUUGAAGAUCAGAAUUUGAUGUCUGGCAACUGCUCAAAGAAAUUCAAACUAGACACUACUGUGUCUGUGAAUGACACUAGUGGCUCGGAUACAGCCUCCACUUCAAAGAACAGUAACAAUCAAGCAUCUCAGCCCGGAACCAGAAGGAGUGAACGGAAACAAAUGCCAAAGGUUGAGUCAGUUAUAGUCUCUUCCGACAGUUCGUUGCUUCAUCUCAAAUUAAAGAUCAUGGAAGUAUUUCAUGUUAAGCCCGACAAUCAAUGUUUAAAAACACCAGAUGGAAUAGAGUUGCUGAACGAUGAAGCAACCAUGGAAGACCUUAAAAUCCUUCCUGAUUCGGUGAUACUAGCACAAUUUGAUGAACAAGUAACACUUAUGCCAGAAGUUGUUAUUGCAAAAGAGACGGGGUUUAAAGGUACUGAACUCAUGAGUUCAAAUUUCUGA